UGUUAUUGUGAUAGAAUGUUAGUGAGAUAGAAUGUUAGUGUGAUAGAAUGUUAGUGUGAUAGAAUGUUAGUGUAAUAGAAUGUUAGUGUGAUAGAAUGUUAGUGUGAUAGAAUGUUAGUGCGAUACAUUGUUAGUGUGAUAGAUUGUUAGUGUGAUAGAAUGUUCGUGUGAUAGAAUGUUAUUGUGAUAGAAUGUUAGUAUGAUAGAAUGUUAGUGGGAUUGAAUGUUAGUGGGAUAGAUUGUUAGUGUGAUAGAAUGUUAUUGUGAUAGAAUGUUAGUGUGAUAGAUUGUUAGUUGUAAUAGAAUCUUAGUGUGAUAGAAUGUGAUAGAAUGUUAGUGUGAUAGAAUGUUAGAGUGAUAGAAUGUUAGUGGGUUAGAAUGUUAGUGUGGUAGAAUGUUAGUGGGUUAGAAUGUUAGUGGGAUAGAAUGUUAGUGGGAUAGAAUGUGAUAGAAUGUUAGUGUGGUAGAAUGUUAGUGGGAUAGAAUGUUAGUGGGAUAGAAUGUGAUAGAAUGUUAGUGUGAUAGAUUGUUAGUGUGAUAGAAUGUUAGUGUGAUAGAAUGUUAGUGCACACUGUAGCCUGUUGAUACACUGUUACAAUUAAGCGAAUGAGUGGCAACAAAGAGUGGAAAAUGAAGGGAAAAUAUCAAAUAAUUAGGUGGUUCAUUAUUUAAUGUGACCUGCUACUAAAAGUUACUGAAUUUCCUUGUCCCAUAAUUUGUUUUAAAGUAAAAUAAAAAUAACUACAAAUUGUCAAUAUUAUCAGCCGUGAAACCUUACAUAAUCUAUAAGCCUAGAUAUGAUGGGAGUCAAGACAAUCCCCCUGCCUCCCUUUUUGUCUUUGUGCUCUCUCUUUGUUUCUUUCUGUCAUUUCUGUGUGUGUGUGUGUGUGUGAGUGAGAGAGAGAGAGAGAUAGAGAGAGAGAGAGAGAGAGAGAGAGAGAGAGAGAGAGAGAGAGAAAGAGGAGGAGGAAGAAGAAGUGAUGGUGAGAUCAGACAGAGGUACCUGUCUGUCUCCUGUCAUUUUCAGUCAAACUUUCAGAGGAACCUGAAGACAGAGAGUUUGUGUACAGCUAAGUCAUGAUGUCUGAUUCCAGGGUGUCCUCUGUCAUCCAGGAGUGGGCGACCUCGUACCCGGGUCAGGUCCACACCCUGAACCCCGGCACACCGUCCAAUCAGCUGGCUCAGAUGGACAUGAUACCGUACGGCCAGUCUCAGGGAUUGGUUCGGGGGGGCAAUGACGACAGGGUGGCCGAGCAGAUGAUGGGACUGUCUUACCUGCCGUACACGUCCUCCUGUCUCAGCAACACGUCGGGCGCAGGGAACACAAACCACCACCAGAGCCAUGGCAACACUCAGCAGGACUUCUCCUCCUUCCUCCUGCCGACUAUGCGGGCCCCGGUGAACAAGCGGUGCAUCAGCAAGGACAGUAACGAGUACCGCCAGAGACGCGAGAGGAACAACGUGGCUGUGAGGAAGAGCCGGGACAAGGCCCGCAGGAGGAUCCUGCUGACCCAGCAGAGGGCCCUGCAGCUGCAGGAGGAGAACCAGAAGCUGCAGAUAAGGAUAGGGCAGCUAACACAGGAGCUGGACUCUCUCAAACACAUCCUGUCACAGCGGCACCCGCAGGGAGCCGAGGAGGGAGCAGCAGGGGAGUCCAGCAUCUAGAGCCACACAAUGUACCUGGUAUUACGAAGGCCUCAGAUUCCUUAUUAGUGUCUAGGCAGGCCUCCACCAGUUGAUUAUUAAAACUUUCACCGAAAGGCAACUAUUUGUGAAAGUGUCACAAAUAGAUGAAGAGGGGAUGUAAUGCCAUGUGUAAAACGGGUUAGUUAUAGUUUCAUAUUGUAAAAUUAUAAAGAGGGAUAGCAUAACACAACGGCAGGGCUAUAGCUACUAUUGGGGUCACUGAGGUCAUGUCCGCCGUCUUUUUUCUGGGGUUUAUAGCAUAUUUAAAUUCUACAAUUGAUGUUUAAACUGUUGCUACGCUCUCUCUCUGUGCCUUUACAGUAGGCUACAUAUUCAGCUUACAUUGAUAAAGGUUGCAGACAACCGUGGUCUUUACUGGGCUGAAAUGACAACUGUAGUUAGCAGAUUGUAUCAACUGUAGCUAGCUAGCAGUGUUGUAGUCAAGACCACCAAAACCGAGACCAUUCAAAUGGGGUUGUGUUUACUGUGUUCACGAGAAGAGUCCAUAUGAAGCCCCCCCCGUCUCUUGUGGUAUUCAUGACCUCGUG